AUGGUUCUAAAUGAAAAACUCCUUUACGACAAAUUUGAGAAUUUUCGUUUCUAUCGCAAAUUAAAGAGGUUUGAUAAAAGGAGUGGAUUCUUUACCUUGGGUGUGCCUAGUUUGAUUGUUAUGAUGGGCAUAAUCGUCACCGGCACAUUUAUAGUGGACAAACAGCUGGAAGUCAAGUACUUAAGAGAGCAAAGUUUAAGCAAAAGGGAACUCACCCUUAAGGAGGAGCACGAGGAGAUGCUCAAAAUGUUAAAUAAAGUUGUACCAUCGGAUAAAUUGGAUAACUCAGUCCCAAUACCUAAAAUUGAAGACUAA